GCUGAACUGGUAAAUAAACUUUCCACCAUGAUCGUAAGUUUUCAAACUUCUUCCGGGUUCGACCCCAGUCUGCUGAUAGGAAGUUCGUGAAGUGGUUAUCGAUUUUCAGCUUUUGGCGUUAAGACAGUAGAAUGAGCGAAGAAUGGCGGCUGCAGACACAGAAGGCCCCGCGAACAUAAAAUCCCUUUUAGCCAAAUUCGAGGCGGCAAAACAGGAAAAUGCGAACCAGGCAACAAAACCGAAACCAGCGGCCAAACCAAGGUUGACACCGAAACCCUAUGGUGCUGCAGCACCUGGACCGAAACAAAGCGUCACAGAAGAAACAUCGAAGCCAAAACCUAAGCCACCAACACCAGUCAGAACUACUCCUCAUCAGGACUAUAGUUCCAAGAAUUCUCCGUCAGCCAGGUCACCCCCUGCAUCGUUAGCAUUUGCGGCGCCAAACAAAACCACGCAAAAUGGUGAUGAUACAAGCCUUACAAGCCCGAAACGGUUCAUCAAAUCCCCUACAUCAACGAAUGGGUUCAUUCCGCCUAAGUUUAACCCACUCGAGAUCAAGGGCCGACAGCAGAGUUUAAAACACGUGCAAAAUAAACGAAAUAGUGCAGCUAGAUAUGACGCCGAAAACACCCACAGCGAAGUGAAAGUAGUGCCAGAAAAAAUCGAUACUUCAAACGGUUCUAAAAAUGAAAACAAUGCAAGUGACGAUAGAACAGAAAAGUUUGUUGAGUUGAAAAUCCCGCCACUAGAAGACGACGACCCUCCUAAUCGACCGCCACUACCAAAGGCGUACAAACUUCCUAAGUAUGAUGAGCUUGCUUUACAGCUGUUAGAGCAUCCAUUAUUUUCGACAUUUGGGGUUCAGACGAGAGCAGCGACCACGACAGCAGGAAAUGGCAACACACGGCCAAUAUCUGAGGACGACUACGAUGACUUGGAAGGAGCACUAGCUGCAGUUAGAAACCUGCCAUCACGUCCGCGUGCUUCUAUACCGGGAAGGCGGUCGGAAAUCACCUCUUUAAUCCCGGAAUUCACCGAGGAAGAGGAGCUAGAACAAGAUGAUGAUGAGGAGGAGGACUUCUAUCAGCCUAUAGGAGCUCCUCUUGGUGAAGACCCGGACGACCCAAACCCAGACUAUGACGACAUUAACGACCUGAGGAGGAGUGAGUUGCUGAGGAAUUCCCAGUUGGAGAAUGGGGCUGACAGGGAUUUGGAACCGGAGGACACGUAUGAAUCAAUAUGAGGCUUAUAGCCACUGUACAUUAAUGUCAGUAGAGGUCAUCAGUGGAAUACAAUUAUUUAUUCUAUAUUCGAAAAAAAAAAA